AAUUAAAUAAAGUUAAAAAGUCUUUGCAAGAAGUGGGAGACUGAUAAAAACAUUUUAGCUUUAAAGCUCUAGCUUUAAAAAAAAAAAACAAAAACAAAACAAAGUUGGCUAUAUUUUCACAAGGAAAGAAAAUAAUUUCAACCGGCAUGAAAUUCCUAUAUCUACUGAAUGAGACUCCUUAUUUUACGGUGGCAUCUCAUCGAGGCACUACCUAGUAUCCCAGCACAAGUUAACAAAAACAAAAAAAAUCAUACUUUUUGUAAAAUUUCUAUCUGGUCCACAUGGAGGUUACCGACUUCAUUGAGAUUGAUGGUUCGUAUCUGGAGGGUGGCGGUCAGUCGCUUCGCAACGCUCUUAGCCUGAGCUGCAUCCUGAGUAAGCCAGUGCGAGUGGUUAAUAUUCGUGCCAAUCGCCCGAAGCCGGGACUCUCGCACCAGCAUCUGCAAGGCGUGAAUCUGCUGAGGGACAUCACCAAUGCGGAUGUGGUGGGCAACACGCUCUUCUCCACCCAAUUGGAGUUCUCGCCGCGCGCUGUACGCAAUGAUAGCUAUCGCGUGGAAACCAGAACUGCGGCCAGCAUAACUCUCAUCUAUCAGAUGGCCUUGCCGGUUCUCCUCUUCGCCGCACGCUCCUCUCGCGUGGACGUCACUGGUGGCACCAAUGUCGCCUUUGCCCCCCAGAUAGAGUAUAUGCAGCAAGUACUGCUGCCCAACCUCAAGCGCUUUGGCAUUCAUGCUGAGCUAAAAAUCCUACAUUACGGAUUCUAUCCUCGCGGCAAUGGACGCUGCCUGUUGGAACUCUUGCCGAUACGUCGCGUGGAGCCCGCCCAGUUCGUGGACUUCGGCGAGCUGGAUGAUGUAAAGGGAUAUGCUUUUUGCGCCGGUCGGCUGCCCAGAAGCAUUGCUAUGGAUAUGCAGCAGACGGCCCAGCGCGAGAUUCAUCGCUUGUGGCCGUAUAAUGACUGCACCAUUACAGUGGUGAAGCAUCCUGUGGAUAAGGCACGGGACAAUGGUGCCGGGAUCAUAAUGACUGCUCGCACUACAACGGGUUGUGUACUGGGUACUGCUACUCUCGGUGAGAAGAAGGUCGAUGGCCAUGUUCUUGGCUCGGAUGCUUCAUGCCAAUUGGUCGAGUACCUGCGCAAGGAGAUCUGUGUGGAUGCGCACAUGCAGGAUCAGCUAAUUAUAUAUAUGAGCAUGGCCAAUGGCGUAUCUACAAUUCGUACUGGCCCUCUGACCAAGCAUACUCGCACUGCCAUUCAUGUGGCCGAGAAAAUGACCGGAGUAAAGUUCGAAGUGGAGGUGGAGCCUUCUGGCCUUACUCGGGUCUCUUGCCACGGCCUGGGUUGUGUCAACAGAUUUUUACUUUAAGCUAUUGUACGUUAAAAUUAUUGUUUAUAUUUAUUUAUAACGAAUAAACCGCUGAGCGAUACGAGUCUAGAGCCGACGGAAAA